AAACCAGACGCGUCACCAGGGAGGAAGCAACCCCAGGUGCAUUGCUGUGCACCGGGACGCUGUCCCUUCACGGGUCGCCUUGGUGAAAACCUCGCUGCAGGACACUCGAGAUGCCUCCCCGAGCCUGGCGGUUCCGACCCGGGCCGCCCGUGCACACAGGCGGUCUCUGACUCUGGCCUUUGCAGCUCAGAGAGGCGGGCAACGUCCUGGGGGGCUGACUCUCGUUUCCCUAAAAGCGUGGCCGGGUGACUGAGCACCUAGUGGGGGGACGCGGGGUGGAGCAUGAGGCCCCCACCCCCGCGCCCGCCCGCCGGGCUCCUCGGUGGCUGUGCCGGUGCCUCUGCUGCCAGCAGAUGUUCGACCACAGCUCUCGAGAAGAGGAAGCGCCUCGACCCAUCGCACCUUUCCGCUUCCGUGGUGCGGCCGCUUUCAGGAGAGAUUCUCACCCGCCAGCCCGCAGUCUGGAGCGAGCACGGGGAGAAUUCUCCGCCUGCUUGGUUUCCUUGGCUGUUUGCUGAGGAAGAGGCCCCACAUCUGAGCCCCCACCUGCAGGCAGGGGUGGUCUAACCUCGCACCUGGCUGCUUCGGCCCCAGCGAACCAGCGGAGCACGAGUCCUGAAUGCCGCACCACAGGGCCAGGCCAGCGUCAGAGAUGGUGUCCCUGGCGCCCGGCCCUCCGCCCACCAGCUCCACGGCCACCAAAGAUCCCCUGAUGGCCAAGCUGUACACCCAGCUGGACCUGUGCCUGGGCUGCUCCCGCUGCGCCCAGCGCCUGGACGAGAGCACCUACCUCCUGCAUCGGCUGGAGCACGGCUGCUCCCAGGAGGUCCUGCUGGCCCGCUUCAAACAAGCCCCCAAGAACGGGGUCUGGCGCAAGGUGGGCCGCAGGCCCAGCUUUCCACGGCCGGCACGGUACCAGGUCUGCCGCUACUACAGCCGUGGUCUGGGCUGCCGGCGGCACCGAAACCAGUGCACCUUUGCCCGAAGCCACGAGGAGGCGCUGGUCUGGACCUUUGAACGUGAGCACAACCUCCACCGGCUGUGGCUGAAGGCCGCGGUGCAGGGCGGCGGGGCCCAGCGCACGCCGGGCAGCCCGGCCGACACCAUCCUCGAGGAGUUUGGUGGCCGCUUCCAGCUGCUCUGCUGCUACUGCUUCCGGCACCGCCCCCCCUGCCUCUGCCCCCUGGACCCCGAGGGGCGCUGCCCCAGGCACGGCGCCUGCCCCUCGGUCCUGGCCCACGUGAGCUCCGAGGGCCACCGCAAGUGGCAGGUGUGGGAGGUGCGGCCCCUGCCCCAGAGCCGCCGGCCUCUGGCCUACUGCUUGUAUGUAGAGGGCGGGCUGCCGUGCCGGCACGGGGCGUCCCGCUGCCAGUUCGCCCACAGCGCUGUGGAGAUGGCCGUGUGGAAGGCCGAGCAGCUGCAGGGGCUGCGGCGGCCCGACCUCCUCAUGCCCCCCCGGGCCCCCAGCGGCAGGACCCCUGCAACCCAGCUGUACUGCAGCGCCUGCCUGGUCACCUGCCACUCCCAGGAGGACUUUGAGAACCACUGCUCCUCCCCGGAGCACAUGAGGAUGGUGGCCCUGGACCAGACCGUGGUCUGGGAGCACCGCAGCCCGCCCGUGGGACUCUCCACCUUUGAGCUCUGCCCCAGGCCAGACCUCUGUGAGUACGGGGGCAUCUGCACCAAGGCGCAUUCGGAGCAGGAGCUGCAGGAGUGGCAGCGGCGGGUGAGGAUGUCGGAGCAGCGGGAGCAGGCGGCCUUUCAGGAGGGGCUGAUGCCCUACCGGGAGAGGCUGCUGGCUGAGUACCGGAGCAGCAGCGAGGAGAUCCUAGUGCUGGCUGAGACCGUGGAUGGCAUGGCUGUCACCUGCCACCAGCCCUUGGUGCAUCGGGCCCAGGAGAAGAAAAUGCAGCACAGGUGGACGUUUGUUGUCCACUCUGAGGAGCCCCUGAAACACGUGGCCCUGCUCAAGCAGGAGCCGGGAGCCGACUUCUCGCUGGAGGCCCCCUGCCUGCCGCCAGGCCAGGUGUACGCGCAGGGCGAGCGUUUCCGUGUGGCGGGCAGCCCCUCCGAGUUCCGGGUGGGGGUGCGCGUGCAGACCGCCUCCUUCGGCACCUUCGGGCAGUGGGUGGUGUUCGACUGCGGCCGCCGGCCAGCUCUGCUGCGGAGGCUGGAGCUGCAGCUGGGCCAGGAGCAGCGCCCAGGGGCGACCCCGGCCCCCGGCCCCCAUGAAGAGCUAGAGCGCUGGCACACUGGCAACCGCCACGUGGUCCCUGGUGUGGAGCGCCCCGCAGAGCACGCCGCCCUGAUGGCCAAGUACAAGGUGCCUGAGCUGGCUCUGGACUUUGACCGCGGCGGCCCGGCCCCGGGCCCGCUGUCCUGCUCUAACUACCGGAAGAGGAUGCACCAGUUUCUGUACGAGGAAGAGGCUGCUCAGCAGCAGCUGGUGGCCAAGCUGAACCUCCGGUGCUCUGUGUCCCUGAAGAGGUCCCUGGAGACGCCAGCCCUGGGCAUGCUCUUUCCCCCACCGGGAGCCCUCUAUGCUGAGGUCCCCAUCCCCACCUCCCUGGCACCAGACACGGACCAGGGCUUCCUGCUGGCCCGGGCGGUCAGCACAGCACUGGUGGCCCCUGUGCCCGCACCUGACAACAGGGUGUUCGAGGUGCAGCUGGAGACCCGGGCUGGCUCGGAGCAGGUGCGCUGGCUGCUGCUGCCAGUCCACUGCUGCACGGCCCUGGGGCUGCAAGCCGGGGCCAGCCCCAUGCUGGAGGUGCAGUUCCAGGUCGACCCGCUGACCUUCCGCCUCUGGCAUGAGGCAGUGGACGCGCUGCCGGAGGAGCGCCUGGUGGUGCCGGACCUGCGGGCCUGCACUCUGCCCCGCCCGCGGCCCAGCCAGCCCGCCCUGCAUGGCAACCGCAAACAGCGGCUGGCUGUUGAGUUCAUCGCCGCGGGCAGCCCCGGGGACCUGCGGCCCGUCGCCCCUCUGCUCAUCUAUGGCCCCUUCGGCACAGGCAAGACCUACACGCUGGCCAUGGCCUCCCUGGAGGUCAUCCGGCAGCCCCAUGCCAAGGUGCUCAUCUGCACCCACACCAACAGCGCGGCCGACAUCUACAUCCAGGAGCACUUCCACGGCUACGUGACGAGCGGCCACCCCGAGGCCACGCCGCUGCGGGUGAUGUACACCGACCGGCCGCCGAGCCAGACGGACGCCGUCACCCUGCGGUACUGCUGCCUGACCCAGGACCUGCGGGCCUUCCGCCCGCCCACGCGCGCCGAGCUGGAGCGGCACCGCAUCGUGGUGGCCACCACCUCUCAGGCCCGGGAGCUCAGGGUGCCUGCCGGCUUCUUCUCGCACAUCCUCCUGGACGAGGCCGCCCAGAUGCUGGAGUGCGAGGCGCUCACCCCUCUGCGCCACGCCCUGCCCGGCACCCGCGUGGUGCUGGCCGGGGACCACAUGCAGGUCACGCCUCGGCUCUUCAGCGUGGCCCGGGCGCAGGCGGCCGGCCACACGCUGCUGUACCGCCUGUUCCAGUUCUACCAGCAGCAGACGCACGAGACCGCCCAGCGCAGCCGCCUCAUCUUCCACGAGAACUACCGCUCCACGGAGGCCAUCAUCACCUUCGUCUCCCGGCACUUCUACCUGGCCAAGGGCACCCCCAUCCACGCCCGCGGCAAGGUCCCGCGCCACCCCCAGCUCUACCCGCUCCUGUUCUGCCACGUGGCCGGCGACCCGGAGCGCGACCUGUCCCUGACCUCCUGGCUCAACACGGCCGAGGUCGCGCAGGUGGUCGAGCAGGUGCGGCAGCUGUGCGACACCUGGCCCCACUGCUGGGGCCCCCUGGAGCAGAGGCGCAUCUGCGUGGUGUCCCACGGCGCCCAGGUGAGCGCGCUGAGGCAGGAGCUGAGGAGGAGGAACCUGGGCCAGGUGUCCGUGGGCAGCUUUGAGAUCCUGCCAGGCCGGGAGUUCCGGGCGGUCGUGCUGAGCACCGUCCACAGCCUCCGGAGCCUGCAGAGCCCGGGCGUCCCCGCCCUGGAGUUCUUCACGGACGCCCGGGUGCUGAACACCAUCAUGACCCGCGCCCAGUCGCAGGUGGUGGCGGUGGGCGACGCCGUGGCCCUCUGCUCCUUCGGGGCCUGCAGCAAGCUGUGGAAGAGCUUCCUCCGCCAGUGCGCGGAGCACCGCAGCCUCCUCCCCGAGGACCUGUCGCUGGAGCACAUCGAGCAGGCCGUGGUGCAGAGGCAGCGCUGGGCCCGCCUCCGGCAGCCGGUGGCCCCACCGGCCAAGGGAGCCGUGGCAGCGGUGCCUGGGGACACUGGCCCAGAGGAGAGGACGGCCGCAGCCUCACCAGCAGGGAGAGCCGGGGCAGCGGUGUCCAGGGUCACGGUCCUAGAGGAGAGGGCGGCCGCGGCCCCCGCCACAGAGCCUGCAGCCGAGGGCGCUGCCUCCCCAACCAGCACCCCGGUGGCCGUAGAGACGGCCACACAGGAGGCAGAGGCUGGGGACACAGCUUCAGGGUCUGAGUCAGGAGGGGGCCCAGCUGUGGGGGACGUAGCGUCCCCAGGGAGCUCAGCCAGCGUGGUGGCAGGGGCUGCAGCCACAGACAGCGAGGACGCCGAUGACCCUGAGGACUCCGAGUCCGACUUCUGGUCCUUGGACGGGGAGCUCAACGCCGACGACUCGGUGCUGCAGGAGCUGCUGGACGAGAGCCGGAAGGUGAUGGUGACGGUGCGGGAGGACGGGCUGCUGGACACGGUGGCCCGGCCGGCGUCCCCACAGCAGGCCCGGCAGUACAUGAACCUGCCGCCGGACGUGCUGCGGAAGCUGCUGCGCACGGAGCCCCAGCUGCACCACAGGUGCACCUUCGUGCCGGAGACCUUCGAGCGGGCGACGGCCGUGCCGCUGGAUGCCGCGGGGCCCGGCCCCAUCCAGCUUCGGGGCCGCCUGCACUGCGGCAUGGCCUUCAAUGGGGACGAGGUGGUGGUUAAGGUCCUCGGGGGCGAUCGGGCCCCGUCGGGGCGGCUGCAGGGCCGCGUGCUGGGCGUGCUGAAGCGGCGGCGCCACGAGCUGCUGUUCGUGUGCCGCAUGGACGAGUGGGACCCGCGCCUCAUGACCCCCAUCGAUGGCGCAGUGACCAAGAUCUUCGUGGCCAACCUGAAGGACCCGCUGCGGGUGCCGGUGCACCGCCUCCAGAAGGGCAGCCUGCAGAGGGUGGGGUACGAGCAGCUCUCGGCCCAGGCCAGCCGCCGCCGGCUCUUCUGGGUGCGCAUCGUGGUCUGGCGGGAGCGCUUCUACUACCCGCUGGGCAUCGUGCAGGAGGUGCUGCCCGAGGCCACCACCUGGGAGCAGGGCCUCCGCGUCCUGGACCUGGAGUACGGCCUCCGUGAGCCCUCGCCGGACCCGGCCUCGGUCUCCAAGGUGCUGCAUAAGUACCGCGAGGAGCUCAGCCGGGCCCCCGGCGUCCGGGAGGACUGCCGCAGCUUCCUGACCUUCACCGUGGACCCUCAGGGCGCCGGCAACCUGGACGACGCCCUCAGCGUGCGGGACCUGGGCCCCAGGUACGAGGUGGGCGUGCACAUCGCCGACGUGGCCAGCUUCGUGCCCAGGGACGGGGCACUGGACGUGGAGGCCCGCCGGCAGGGCAUCGCCAUCUACGCCCCCAACCGGGAGCCCACGCCCAUUCUGCCCCCCGGCCUCUGCCACGACGUGCUCAGCCUCCUCCCAGGCCAGGACCGCUUCGCCAUCUCGCUCUUCCUCGUCUUCGAGAAGGGCAGCAACCGGCUCAAGAGCCCGCGCUUCGCGCCCUCGGUGGUCCGCUCCGACCGCCAGCUGUCCUAUGAGGAGGCGGAGCAGGUGAUCCGGGGGCAGCCGGGGGCCGGCCCGGAGCUGCCCGCCCGCCUGGACUCCGUGGACGCCUGCGUCGUGGCCGCGAGCUACUUCGCCCGGGUGCUGCGCCGGCACCGCCUGCGGGCCGCCUGUGCUUACGAGCAGCCGGACGAGGACAGCACGCUGGGCUUCCGUGCGGCCCACGCCAUGGUCAAGGAGUAUAUGGUCCAGUUCAACAGCCUGGUGGCCGAGUUUCUGGUGGGCAGUGAGCACACCCGCACGGUCACGCCGCUGCGGUGGCAGCCCACGCCCAGCAGCCACCAGCUGGACACCGUGAGCGAGAAGCACGGGGAGCUGGUGCCCCUGUCGCUCCAGCUGAGACAGCACCUGCACGGCCGCGUGCCCCCCAACGCACAGCUGCACCUGCUGGCCUCCCUGUGGAGGCUCGUCCAGCACGCGGCCCAGGUCCAGGACGCCGACCUGCUGGUGGACCUGCUCACCACGGACGACAUGCACCCCUCGCUGGCUGCCGUGCGCCUGGACUUCCGCAAGGUCCUGGGCCGCUCCGCCUUCAUCCGCUCCAGCCAGGGGGAGCAGCAGUCGGCCGGCCACUACUCGCUGCAGGUGCAGUGGUACACCUGGGCCAGCUCGCCCAUCCGCAGGUACCUGGAUAUCGUGCUGCAGCGGCAGGCGCUGCUGGCGCUGGGCCACGGCGGCUCCUCCUACUCUGCCCGGGAGGUCGACAAGCUCUGCCAGGACUUCAGCCGCCAGCACGGGCGUGCCCAGAGCUACCAGCGCCGGGCCUGCAGCCUGCACCUGGCUACGCAGCUCAAGGCCCAGCCGCGGCAGAAGCUGGGCUUCGUGGUGGACGUGGAGCCGGGAGCCCGCUGCUUCAGGCUGUUCUUCCCCGCCAACCCGGAGACGCUGCCCGACCCCUGCCCCGUGUUCUACCGCUGCCUGCAGCUGGCCGAGCACCCGAGAGCCCUGGUGCGCCGGCCCGGCCUGCGGCUCCAGUGGCGGCGCCGCAUCUACUCCGUGCUGGAGAACGGGCCGUGCCCUCCCCUGCCCGGUGCCCUGCUGGACCCGCACACCUGGCCCGUGGACGCCGCCCUGUGGCAGAAGCUGCUGGCCCUGGUGGAGGAGCAGCGGUGGCCCGAGGCAGCUGCGCUGGUGCGCGAGCAGGAGGCCGCCAAGGAGCCGCAGCGGGAGCUGGGGAAGGUGUCCCGAAGCGCCUGCAAGCACUUCGUGGAGGUGGCCCGGGAGCUGGGCAGCGGGGACACGCUGCAGGUGCAGCUCAGCGCAGCGCUGCACCGGGGGAUCCUGGCGCCCGCCCUGCAGCUGUGGACCGUGGCGCCCGGCCUCAGCCUGUGCCUGGAGCACGUGGAACGGCCGGGUGACUGCUUCUCGGGCCAGGCGCCCCAGGCCGGGCAGGACAGCUUCAGCCACCUGGAGGACUACUGCCGCGUGUGGCAGCCCUUCUGCUCCCUGGAGUCGGCCACCAGCGCCGUGGGCGAGAGCGAGGCCAUCACACUGCGGCAGGUACGUGUGGCCUGGGACCCGGCGCGCACGGAGCAGGGGCUGCUGCGCGGCAGCUUCCGCCUGGACCCCGCUUUCCUCCGCGAGCACAGCAUCGACGUGGACUUUGACCACUGCUACCUCUGCAUCCGGCUCGAGGGCCUGCGGGUCGCGCCCCCCGCCGCCGCCCGGGACGUGCUCCCGGAAGCCGGCCUGGGCCCGGUCCUGAGCAUCGACCCUGACACCUACACCUGGGUGGCCCACGGGCUGACGGAGAACUUGGACUCAAAUAAAGACGGUCCGGCCGACCGGCGAGAGUUCACCAAGCAGGUGCAGGUGCGAUUCUUCAUCCACCACAUGGCCAUGGAGAAGGUUCCAGAAGAGGUGCUGAGACCCGGCACUGCCUUCACCAUUGAGGUGCUGCCCCAGCAGCUACCUGACAUCCGCAAGGAAGAAGCCGUGCGUGGGCUGAAGGACGCAUCCCAGCUGGUUAUCAACAUCGCCCUGGGCCAUCCCAUCCCCCUGCCCCGCCACCCUUCCCGCCACCCUGCUGGCCAGCAGCCCCUGCGCAGAGGGACCCCGAGCAGGUUCCUGGAGCUGCAGGCCUUCGACAUGCCCGGAGGCUGCCGCAAGCUGAACCCCAGCCAGAACACAGCCGUCCGAGAGGCUCUGAAGAAGCAGUUCACCGUCAUCCAGGGCCCGCCAGGCACGGGGAAGACAGUGGUGGGCUUCCACAUCGUGUUCUGGUUUCACAAGUUAAACGAGGAGCUGCCGGCGUCCGGCAGCCCCUCCUGCAUCCUCUACUGUGGCCCCUCCAACAAGUCGGUGGACGUCGUGGCAGGCAUGCUGCUGAGCAGGAAGGCAGAGCUGAAGCCCCUCCGCGUGUACGGGGAGCAGGCCGAGGCCACCGAGUUCCUGGUGCCCGGUGUGAGCAGCAGGGGCCCAUCCAGGAAGACCCCUCGGGAGGGAAGGCCCAACCCGACCCUCAGGAGCAUCACCCUGCACCACCUGAUCCGGCAGCCCUCCAACCCCUGCUCUCAGGACAUCAAGGCUUUCGACGCCCGGCUGCAGAGAGGGGAGAUUUUCUCCGAGGAGGACCUCGCUCUGUACAAGAAGGUCCUGGGGAAGGCGCGGAAGCACGAGCUGGCCCGCCACAGGGUCGUGCUGUGCACCUGCUCCUGCGCCGCCGCGGCCAGCCUCAAGGGCCUCAACGUCCGGCAGAUCCUGGUGGACGAGGCGGGCAUGGCCACGGAGCCCGAGACCCUCAUCCCCCUGGUGAAGUUCCCAGGGGCUGAGAAGGUGGUUCUCCUCGGGGACCACAAGCAGCUGCGGCCUGUGGUCAAGAAUGAGCACAUGCAGAGCCUGGGGCUGGACCAGUCUCUCUUCGAGAGGUACUACCGGGAAGCCCACAUGCUGGACACGCAGUACCGCAUGCACAAGGACAUCUGUGCCUUCCCCUCCAUGGAGUUCUACGAGAAGAAGCUGAAGACCUGGCAGGGCCUGUGGCGACCACCCAGCGUCCUGGGUCACGUGGACAGGGAGAGCUGCCCGGUCAUCUUCGGCCACGUGCAGGGCCACGAGCAGAGCCUGCUGGUGUCCACAGAUGAAGGGAACGAGAACUCCAAGGCCAACCUGGACGAGGUGGCGGAGGUGGUUCGCAUUGCCAAGCAGCUGACCCUGGACAGGAGAGUGGACCCCAAGGACAUCGCCAUCCUCACGCCCUACAACGCCCAGGCCGCGGAAAUCAGCAAGUGCCUGGUGCAGAAGGGUGUCACUGGGCUGACCGUGUGUUCCAUCACCAAGAGCCAGGGGAGCGAGUGGCGGUAUGUGCUGGUGAGCACCGUCCGCUCCUGCCCGGAGGCCGACCUGGACCCACGGCCCACGAAGAGCUGGCUGAAGAGGUUCCUGGGCUUCGUCGUGGACCCCAACCAAGUGAAUGUGGCCGUCACCCGGGCCCAGGAGGGGCUCUGCAUCGUUGGAGACCACCUCCUCCUGCGGUGCUGCCCCCUGUGGCGCCGGCUGGUGGACUUCUGCCAGGCCCAGGGCUGCCUGGUGCCCGUCGGCCAGGUGCGGGUCCAGAGGAGGUGGGCCCUGCCGUCCUGAGAGCCCCGCCUCCGCUGCCCAACACCCUGGAGCUGCGGGGACCGCGCCCCCACCGCCCGCUGCCUCAGCCCUGCUCAGCGGAACCUCACGUGCCUUCUGCGGUUGCUGCCGGCCCCCCACGCCCACUUUGGCCGUGCACGGUAACCACCUUCUGGGGUCUUGGCUGUCCCCGGCGGGCAGCGUGAACUUGGGAGGAAGGGGGAGGGCCGGUCCCCACCCUCCCGCUGACCUGCGUUUGCUGCCACCGUGGGGACAGGGGCCGUCUCAGGGGUAGGCUGUGUUGCUGGGGAGUUUGGGGUCAGGAAGGAGCCCCCAGCUCUCCGGCAUUUGUUGCCAUCCAACCGCCCCCACCAGGCGCCAGCCGUGGGGCUCAGCUUUAUUUUUUGUUUUUAAAAAAACCAGCCCUGGUUGGUGUACCUCAGUGGAUUAAGCGCAGGCCUGAGGAUCCAGGGGUUGCUGGUUCGAUUCUCAGUCAGGGCACAUGCCUGAGUUGCAGGCCGGGUCCCUGGUGGGGGGCAUAUGAGAAGCGACCACACAGUGAUGUUUCUCUGCUUUUCUUUGUCCCUCCCUUCUCUUCUUUCUAAAAAUGGAUAAAUAGAAUCUAAAAAAGAAAGAAAGAAAGAAACCAAACCCGGUUUCUGUUCUGUGAGGACAGGGUUCUCAGCCCAUGCAUAGGGGCUCGCUCAGAUCCACUGCCCUGGGUCCCCUUGGGAUCCCCCACCUCGACCUGCGGGCCCCUGGGUCUCAGUGCAAUUUUCUACUGUCCCCACAGGCUAUGGGACACUGUGAACUGUUGUUUACACCAGGGAGGCCCGGCUCCUCACCAUGGGUGGGGGCGGGGGCAUGUUUGUGUAUGUCCGAUGCUGAAGUUUUGUACAAAUCAAAUCUCUACAUUCCAAUUUUGUAUCUUAUAUGAUUGCACAUUAAUUUUAUUAAAAGGCUGCUCUGCUUUGUCA